UGCAUGCUUAUGUAUAGUAUUAGUUCCCUUUGCAUUUCAUAUAAUAAUAUUUCUCUCCCCCUCCUUCUUGUAAUACUCUUUAUCUUUUUUAUUUACUACUGUAGUUGAAAACACCAGGGUUAGGGUUAGGACAACAAUAGGCUCAGUGAUAAGCCACAAUUUUUGAAGCAAUUUAGAUUUAUUUUUUGUUUAUUUAGGGAUGCCGAAGUCGAUGUGUUGAUUGAUUUAAUAACUACACAUAUGUAGGUUCACCUGGUAGGAAAGGCCAGGAGUAGAAGCUUCUUGAGGAGAAAAAAUGUCGAUCACAGUCUCCGAAUCCUGACUGAGUUGACACUAACAAGGUCUCACAAGUGUGUAUUCUGGCUGUAUUUUAUUUGCCAAUUUUUAGAAAAUGCAAUUUAAUUAAAUUUUUAAUUAGUUUUCAGUUUUUCACUUAUAAAGUAAAUAAUGUUUUCUUAUUACAAGACAGUUUUGUACUGAUGUUUCUGUUGUAUGAUGCCAAACUACAGUGAAGUGGUGUUGCGAACAAGGCUGUGCUCCUGGCAGUCUGCUUCAGCUGAGGCUAUUUCUGAUUCACCCGUAGUAGACUAUUUCUCUCCAACAGUGUUUUACUAGUUUAAUCAGGCUUGACUCAUUUAAUGUUUAACUAAAAUCAGACCGUUUACAAUAGGUCAACUGGAACUGCUAUUUAUUUAGUUCCACUCAACACUCAUACCACGGUUUUACUCUACUGUACAUACAUAAAAGGCUAUUUUUGUAAACAAUUAAUAAAUAAUAUAUGGUCUUUUAUUUAGAUAUAAUUCUGUAGGCUGUACUUGUGUUAGGUCUGCAGGGUUUCAACUGUCUCAAGGACCCUAAGAGAAAGGGCAAACACUCUUUUACUUUGAUCAUAACCAAGAAAUACAGGAAGAGACAAACUGUGAUGCUGACUUUAAUUCGCUUUAAUCAGGCUUAAAACAGGUUUCAACACUGAACCUAACACACUUACAUUGACUUCAAUAAACAAAGGACUUUGCUUUCAGUUGACACAGAACUUUGCUUUUAGUUAACACAGAACCUUGCUUUUAGUUAACACAUGACUUACUGUACAUACUGUACAUUUACAAUGCACGACAGACAGAUGGAGUGGGAAGUGGGUGUGGCAAGGGAAUGAGAAGGAAGAGAGAGCUGAGAAAGAGCCAGCUCAGAGAUCCUGACACUUAAAGAAAUUAUAUUGAUAAUAAAAAUACUACAGUAUCACUGAAUUUGAUCUGUUUGAAACUGUCCUCUUCUAUUUCUCACAAAAAAUGAAUGUUUGUUGUGUUGUGAAUGUUUACUGUAUAUGUGUGAAGGUUGUGAAAUGUACAGUACCAUAGACAAACUCAGGGUUUAAACUCUUGUUGUCAGUUGUCAUAUUAUGUCAUAUUAUUAGCAUGGUGCUGGUGACGCCAAGGUGGCGGGUUCGAAUCUGACUUGAAUUGGUCCCAAGCCCAGAUAAAUAGAAGGGUUGUGUCAGGAAAGGCACUCCAACAUAAAAACUUACCAACAACUACCAUGCAAAUGAUUUGAAUGGUUGACUUACUAUAUAUAAAUUAAAUGUACUAUUUCACUGUAGUAACUUAAAGUAGGUUGUGGUGAAACAUUUGCAUACAGUUUUCAUGGGCUAUUAUGGUAUAAGAAGGCAAUAGUAGGCUGUUUUUCAAAAUAAUAACUCAAGUAAACAAUCAUAAUGAUUAUUUACAAGUAAAUAAUCAUAAUGAUUAUUUACUAUAUUGUCACUAAAAUAACAAUCUGUGGACAAAAUAAUAAACAUUUAAUGGUGAAUUGAGUGAUGCUGGUUGUGGAAAUAAAUGCAAUGCAGUACUGUAUGUUUUACAGUAAGUAGUACUGCUUAUUGAGAUAGGAUAAAGCUGUUGCAUAGUCUGCAUGUGUGUGUCUUUCUUUCUUUCUUUCUUUCUUUCUUUCUUUCUUUCUUUCUUUCUUUCUUUCUUUCUUUCUUUCUUUCUUUCUCUCUCUCUCUCUCUCUCUCUCUCUCUCUCUCUCUCUCUCUCUCUCUCUCUCUCUUUCUAGUCCAAGGACAAGGACAAGCAGUUACUAGGUUAGGUAGGUCUGGUAACUCUAAAUUAUCCCUGUGUGGAUGUGUAAGGAAUUCUGUUUGCUGGCCUUGUACUGUAUCUAUCUGAAAGUGAGACAAAAGCAAAAUAAGUCCUUGAUGUAGGCUACUAUAUCACUGCUAUUUAUUUCAGCAUCACUACAGCUACAAUAGAAGUCUGUUACUGAGAAUGAUCUAAAAUUAACUAGGUCGGAGUUUGGUACCACUUUAGGCAUUAAAGUACCGUACGAAACAUACAGCCCACCUACACCAAGGCUGAGUACUGAGCAACUGCGGAAAGACCUACAGUACAGUAGAGAAAAUGAACCAGUGACAUACAGUAACAAUUGGUUACCACAGCAACGCAGUAACAUACCACUGUGGAAACUGUACAUUGUCCACCUCCAAUGUUUGGAGGUGGAUAUAGUGUGUAUAGUUUGAUGACUAACAUCUUGUCUGCCUUUAAAACUUGUUGGUGUUCCAAUUAACCAAGCUACAUAUGUGUUUGACAGCAUACAUGCAUUUAACCAAUAAUUUAGCCAAUGACAGAGACAUAAAGAUGCCGUAAAGAUUUGCAUUCUGUGUUCAGAGUAAAUAUUCACUACAUCUUACAGUGGAUUUAGUUGGUAUUGCUGUGUUGAACCCUGUGUUUCCCUAGUGCAUUGUAGUAUCACCUUACCUUUUAACUGUGGCUACAAAAGGUUCUACUAUGAAUGCUGUAAAUUGUCCAGGUUACAGUAUCGUUUUUUCUAUCUAAUAAUCUACAUGCCAAGCUUUAUGUGACAUUACUAUUUUUGUCAUACAGUGGGUACAGUACAGUACUGUAUGUACACAAUGAUGAAGAGAAAAGUUAGCGCCACCAAACCUACGUGGGAACAUCCUAACCUGCUGGGCGGCUGCCAGAAAACAAGAGACUUUCAGGAAGUUUUUUUUUUUUUUGUGUCGCACAAAUCCUGUAGUUAAGCAUACUGGUCUGACAGCCUGUACACUCUAUUGGUGUGUGUGUGUGUAUGUGUGUAUGUUGCUGUGUGUUUGCUAACCAAACCAAACAGAGUUAAAAGAAAGGGGAAACAAACCAGAGCUUUGGAAGGAUUUGAAUGUAAACCAAAAAAGGAAGAUUUUUCCAAGUCACACCUCUCACUAUGUUGGAGUUUCCCUGUAUUCUUGUUUUAAAGUUACACUACCUUGAAGAGGACAAGUAUAUAUAGGAAUGGGAAGACAUCGGGCUAAUUUCCUCAUAAUUGCUCUUGUCCUUGUGAUGCUUUUAAUUUUGGAAACAAGCAAAGUCAAUGACUUUUCAAGCUUGGCUUCUCAGGAGUCCACCAAUGAAGAACACUUUCAACCUCAUACAAGGCACAAAAGAAAUGUGCCACUCAAUCUGGUAGACUAUGAAGUGGCUGUGGAGUUGAAUGUGUCAGAUGUUGCUACACUGAACUUACUUAAAAGUCAGCUGAGCAAUGGCACCUUUUCUAUUACUCUGAACAACAUUGUGAACAUCACAAGCAUUAAUAUCACCACAGUUUGCUCUCUAAGUAGUGCCGGUUUCCAGUGCAGAUGUGAGGAUCGGUAUCGUUGGUCAUGUGACCAGUGUCAAAGACUAGGAUCCUGUGACAACAUAAUUAAUGACACGUGUGGAUGUAUCAACACCAUUCCCCCUGAUGGAUUAUACUGCCAACCUGUUGCUCUCUCUGACUUUACAGCUUGUUCUCCUACAACAGUGAUUUCAAUACUACCAAGUGCUGCAGUUAAUGAUUACAUAAUGUCUAUUGAACUGAACAUCUCAGACGUUACAGUAAUAAAUCAACUGAGGACGAUCCUGAGCAACUUCAGUUUCCCAGUCAACAUCAGCAACCAAGUACAGAUAUAUGGCAUCAACAUUACUACAGUUUGUUCUCAGACUAACAGUGGUUUCCAGUGCACAUGUGAGGAUCAGUAUCGUUGGUCAUGUGAACAGUGUUUGUCAUUGGGAUCCUGUGAUAAUAUCACUGGAAACACAUGUGGGUGCAUCAACUCAAUGCCUCCUGAUGGGCUGUACUGCCAGCCUGUUCAUCAAAACAGCUUCACAUCAUGUCCUGUUACAAUUCCUCCUCCAACACUAACACCUCCUGCAGCUGCUUAUGAAUACAUCUUUUCCAUUGAGUUGAACGUCUCAGAUGUUGCAGUAAUAAAUCAACUGAGGACCAUCCUGAGCAACUUCAGUUCCCCAGUCAACAUCAGCAACCAAGUACAAAUAUAUGGCAUCAACAUUACUACAGUUUGUUCUCAGACUAACAGUGGUUUCCAGUGCACAUGUGAGGAUCAGUAUCGUUGGUCAUGUGAACAGUGUUUGUCAUUGGGAUCCUGUGACAAUAUCACUGGAAACACAUGUGGAUGCAUCAACUCAAUGCCUCCUGAUGGGCUGUACUGCCAGCCUGUUUAUCAAAACAGCUUCACAUCAUGUCCUGUUACAACUCCUCCUCCAACAUUAGCACCUCCUGCAGCUGCUUAUGAAUACAUCUUUUCCAUUGAGUUGAACGUCUCAGAUAUUGCAGUAAUAAAUCAACUGAGGACCAUCCUGAGCAACUUCAGUUCCCCAGUCAACAUCAGCAACCAAGUACAAAUAUAUGGCAUCAACAUUACUACAGUUUGUUCUCAGAGUAACAGUGGUUUCCAGUGCACAUGUGAGGAUCAGUAUCGUUGGUCAUGUGAACAGUGUUUGUCAUUGGGAUCCUGUGACAAUAUCACUGGAAACACAUGUGGAUGCAUCAACUCAAUGCCUCCUGAUGGGCUGUACUGCCAGCCUGUUUAUCAAAACAGUUUCACAUCAUGUCCUGUUACAACUCCUCCUCCAACACUAAUAUAUGCAGCUAUGACAAUGGAUCCUACAUCAUCAAUAACAAAUGCAGGGAACACAACUACUAUAAUGGGUCCCUCAUCACCAAUAACAAGUAAAACAGCAGGUGCAAUUACAACAAGCAAUCCUUCAAUAUCAACAACAACAAUCACAACAGCCACAAGUGUGUCCAACCAGAGUAGUGCAGUUAGCUCUCCAACUUCGGAUUCUUCCUCUACAACAGCUUCAACCACAAAUGUCCAAACAACUACAAAAACCAUGACUAAUAACCCUAUUCCCCCGACAACUACUGCUAUUGCUGAUACAACUAUCAAUACUGUCAUCACUACUGUUGCUUAUACUGUUAACAGUAUCCCCAACACAACCACUACCACAAAUGACACAACCAAUGCUACUAUUUCUACCAGAACCCCUAUUACUACUAACAGUACUACUAUUCCUAUCACAACUCCUACUACUAACAGUACCACUACUUCCGCUACAACAACUGCAAGUGCUUUAGUCACAAUCAGUUCUACAGCUGAUACUAUUAACAGUACUACUAUUCCUAUCACAACUCCUACUACUAACAGUACCACUACUUCCACUACAACAACUGCAAGUGCUUUAGUCACAAUCAGUUCUACAGCUGAUACCACUACACCCCAAAUGACGACCAGUACAACAACUACUACAUCUUCUACGCCUCGCCAAGACAUAUUUGAUGUGAAAAUGGAAGUUGAAUUAAAUUACACAUACACAUCAGAUUUAAAUGAUUCCAACAGUUCUAAUUACAACAAACUUCGUCAAAAGAUUCUAAACGUGUUACAAAUGCAGUAUAAAGGAAUCACAGGGUAUGAAGGUGUUUCAGUGAAAGGAUUCAGACAAGGGAGUGUAAUUGUAGACUAUGUCGUUCAGACAACACAAAUUAUUGCCGUUGAAAUAGCCACUGCAAAUCAGAAACUCCCAGAAGCAAUGGCAUCUGUUGCUCCUGUCCUUGGCUCAGUUUCUGCAGUGUACAACAGUUCAACUUCAAUCAGCCUGAGUCCUAGUCUCAUUUACACUGGUAACAUAAUGACUCUGACAUGUGGGCCUCUUAACAUUAAUGUGAGUGCUGCUACAUGGACGUUUCAAGGAGUGCAAAUUAAGAAUCACGGAAGGUUCAAUAUAACCACUACUAGCACUUUGUCUGAUCUCACCAUUAGCAACGUCAUUACAUCUGAUAUUGGAACUUACACAUGUACUAUGAUUGGAAGUGCAAUGACUUUUUUCCAGUCAGGAGUUGUAACAGCUGAUCAAGUCCAAGAAGCUCCAAAUCUGAAGUUACAGGGUGAAGUAAAUGUUGAAUACUCCAAAGGGGUGGACCUUCAGUGUUGUGUGCAACAGAACUUCACGGUGCACUGGUAUGAAGGCAAAACACAUUUAAAAAUGGUUUCUAACAGAAAUGCACAAUCUUACUGCAUCAUCUACAGUUUUCCGCCAAAUAGCAACAGUGGAUCAUACACUUUCACUUGUGAGGUAGAUAACCCACCAGGUUAUAAUCAGACAACAACUGUAAAAGUUUUUAUGGGUGAUGUCAAAUGCAACAACUCUCAGUUCGGGGUUGGACAAGAAGGUGAUACAGCAGUGACAUAUGCAUGUGAUCAAGGUCAGGAGGGGAGCAUGUCUGCAGUCUGUGAAUCGACAGGAAUGUGGAAAGUUAUGAGUGACAACUGCAUUAUAACCAUAAUCAAGAAUUUAAAUAUUGAAUCUCAGAAUGUGGGUACCGAACAAGUGCCAGCAUUUGUAAAAUCUCUAUAUGAAGCUGUCCAGCAAAACCAGAUGGAAAUUUGGAAUUCAUCUUGGUCCAUAUCAACUAUUGUUGACAUACUAAACACCAUUGCAAUUGUCCCCACUCCUGUUAACCAAACUGUCAUGGAGGAUGUAUUAAAUACUGUCAAUGCCAUUGUUGGUGAAAACACAACUGAGUCCUGGAAACUUCUCAAUGAAAAUAUGAGCAGUAACGCCAGCUCAGUCUUAUUGUCUUCACUGGAAUCUUAUUCAGAUAGUUUGAAUGAGGACUUCACUGUGGUAACUCCACUGAUUGUGCUCGAAAGGAAGAAGUUUAAUAAUACCUUCAAUGCAAUACUGAAUUCUAGUGUCACCAUAGACAUUCCAAACACCAACCUGACAGACAAAACGGUCACCACCAUGAUCUUCUUUAGCCUUAAUAAGGUUAUGCCAACACGGAACUCCACCACUGGAAACAGAACUACCAGCAAUUUCAUCAAUGCUGAUGUAGUGCUCAUAAAAAUAAAUGCAACAAUUCAAAACGUUAUCCUGCGCUACGUCAAAUUAAACAACGCCUCAACUUUAAACACCUCCCUAUCACUGAACAACUCCCUACCACUGAAUAACUCAGUGACACUGAGCCCACACUGUGUCUUCUGGAACUUCAAACUUUUUAGUAACUUUGGAGCUUGGGAUGAUACAGGCUGUAACUUUGUUUCUGACAUAAACAACAUAGUGACAUGUAACUGUAACCACCUCACCUCAUUUUCAAUAUUGAUGGCACCAGGCAUCCCUGAGUCUGAUUCAAUAAGAAGAGCCUUGGCCAUAAUAACUUAUAUUGGAGUUGGGAUAUCUUUGGCAAGCUUGGUUAUAUGUCUCAUUAUUGAAGGCUACGUUUGGAAAGCCAUUACCCGAAACAGCACCGCCUUCAUGCGUCAUGUUUCUAUUGUCAACACUGCGCUGUCUCUGUUGGUGGCUAAUAUUUGUUUCAUCAUCGGAGCUUCAAUUUCUAAGAACCCGGCUGAAGAUCAAUGGCAGAACUAUGAUGUUCCUGUUGGGGCAUGUAGCACAGCAACAUUUUUCAUGCACUUCUUCUACCUUGCUCUGUUUUUUUGGAUGCUGGUGUCAGGACUUCUGCUCUUGUAUCGGACCGUAAUGGUGUUUUCCCAUAUGUCCAAGUCAACCAUGCUGGCCAUUGGCUUCAGUUUAGGCUAUGGCUGCCCUCUGAUUAUAGCUGUAAUUACUGUUGCUGCCACAGCACCAGGACAUGGAUACAUCAGGAAAGAUUAUGCUUGCUGGCUCAACUGGACUGAGACGAAGGCCCUGCUGGCAAUGGUGAUACCUGCCUUAACCAUAGUGUCCAUCAACUUUUUAAUAGUAAUUCUGGUCCUGCUUAAAAUGUUAAGAAGAGGAGUGGGAGACACAUUCAAAAGAGAAGAAAAACAAACGCUGGUGGUCGUUACAAGAUGUGUGAUCAUUUUGACUCCUUUAUUUGGUUUGACCUGGUCUUUGGGUGUGGGGACAAUGAUAUCAUAUACAGAUGAAGGAACCCACAUUGCCUUUGCACUCUUCAAUUCACUACAGGGUUUUUUUAUUUUAGUGUUUGGGACAUUAUAUGAUUCAAAGAUACGUUCUCUCCUCUCAAGAAGGUACCUCACACCAAGCAUGGGCUGUUGUCCAACAAAAAGUACAAGUGGUGGUGAUACCUCUUCCAGAGGAUUCAAUAUAUUAAAUCAUUUCAGACGAAGAAAAAAUAUCUAUCAUGUUUCAGAAGCUGCAAAUCAGAGCAACAGUCAUACAUCAGAGUCAUAUCUUUGUCUCAGAAUGUUCUUCAAGCAAGAGUACUUAUCAUUUGGCUUAAUUGUGACCAUUUGUCCAAUGUGCUAUUAUUAAAAACAACCAGUUCCCAUGAAGACCUGAUUUCUAGCGGUAAGGUGUUCCAUAGUUGUUGGGCCAACUCACAGAAAACAAUCACACCAGAGAUUACUGUUGGACUGCGGAGCAAAACUUGUGUAGUAGAACAGAUUGUGCAAUAGGUGAAUUAGGUUGUCUAAAUAAGAAGGCGCAGUACCAUGGACUACCAUGGUCUAAACUCAAUUGGGAGCCAAUGGAGGAACUGAGUCACCGGUGUGACAGUCAAGAGACGUGUCACAACCUGACAUGACGCGUUUUCGAAACGCUGUUCUUGUGAAGCCCUUACCUUGCCAUACACAUGGCCAACAAUUUCUGAAAUUCUGAUCACAAAAUGAAUUGUGGUUAUAACCAAUCUACCCCUCCUCUCACGACUAGCUCCUAAUGCCAUAGCUCCUACUGUAGCUCCUAGCUCCUAACGCAUUGCUCUUACUGUAGCUUCUAGCUUGUCACCCACAGCUCUUAGCUCAUAACACCAUAACUACAAUUGCCAAAGCUUGAAAAGUACUGUAACACCAUAGCUCCCAGCUCCUAACACUAUAGCUUUGUAGCCCUUGGCUCUACAGCUCCAUAGCUCUUUGCUCCUGUGUCUUAGUUGUCUCCCUAUUGCCAUGUUCCUCAACGUUUGUUACUUUUCAUUCAGUCUAGAUUAGCUGCUUUUGUCCACCUGAAUUUUUUUGUUCUCAACUUUGUUUUAAAGGACUGUUAUUGGUUUGACCCUGCCCUGCUUAUUGUGUUUCUUCCGUCCUUUGUUUGUUGCAGAGCUUUGAGUUUAUGGAACCUAUCUUGUUCUGUCUGGCUCUGACUCAGUCCAACUAACAAUCUAGACCUGAUUGACCAUCUUGGAUGGUGGGUCCUGACAAUGAAAGGCUUUAAUCACCAUUUGGCAUUGUAAAAAUAGAAUCUUAUUCGUUUAACUGGUCUCAUACAGUUACUAAAAGUGGUCCAAUAACUUGGUGGUUUAUGCUGCAGAGCAGGAAACAUAUCUAACUCAUGCAGUUUCAAGCAGACAUAAUACUGUACCUGCAAUAGAUCUGCUGUGUCCUGGUUUCAUGACAUGUUUUACUGCAGAGUUAAACAAUUCCAAUUGAAGACUGCUGUAAAGCAAUUUAAAUAAUUGUGACAUUUCUUUACAUAAAACUUGCAGAAGUUAACAGUUAAUAUAAAUACUGUCUUUCUGUCACACUCUUGUUCUGUGAGUAGCUGGCUUUCUUGUCUGUUUGUGUCAGACAGACAGAUACCAACACAGAGAUCUGUGGGAUCUCUGAUGUCUUUACCUUCUGCUGAGGUCCCUGCUUCUCACUGAUGGCCUUGGCCUCUGAAGGUAUCCUCCCAGAGCCAAAUCCUUCUACAACCAGCCUCAUGCUAUGUCUUCUUCAAGUGGCCGUUAUUUCUGUGGGUGCCCUAGACGAUGUAGACAUGCAGAUGACUACACAUACAAGUACACUGACCAGAGACAGGAUUUUCCUAGUUCAAUUUUGUGGUCCCUUUUAGGCUGUCCUGGCACAGGUCCAGAUGACCUCGAAGCUGGCUGGAACCUCAUGUGACACCUUGCCAUAGAGUUCUGGGAGCUCCUAGACCAGCUUUGGCACGUACACAACAACCUAGGUGUUGUCCUCAUCAAUUACGGAUGGAGGAGAAUUGGCAUGAUGGAAUGAAAAUCACGCCAGAGCUACAGUGGAAGGAGCCCAGAGGAUGGUUGCACUCUACUACAAUGCCCAGCAGAAGUACAACCUCAAGCAGCUGACCCAGAGAGUACACAGAUACUGUAGUAGACUCUAUAAAGUGCCAUCAAGCCCUGAAUAAGCAUGAAAACAUCUAGACUAAUGUCCUGCUGGAGGAUUUUGGGUCCCCAUGACACAGUCCCCCAAAGUCAGCAGGCUGGUGGAGGCAUCAAGAGACGUUUACUGGCUUGUACACGGAGUGUCCUGACAGAGGCUCUGAAAAGGAACUCUGUUACCUCAGAGGAAACUGCAAUCAUAACAAGUGACUGACUAUCAGUAGUGGCUGUGUCUCAUCCUCCAAUAGAUUUGACUGUAUUUUAGUUUACAUGUAUUUUCUGUAAUAGUUACAAUAUUUUAGUUUUCUGCCACAGUUUGAAAAAUGAAUGUCAUGGAUUCAAUAAAUAAAAGCAUUUCUUCAUCUGGAUCC